CAGAACUCCCUGGGCAGUGGCAGAGGCACCAGAGCCCUGUGCCAGCCGUCAGCCCCAGCAUGCAGAGGCAGUCCGAGGGGGUUCCCAAGGAGCUGCAGACACCCACCGCUCUGCUCCUGGGAAUGCCAAACCCGGGCAGGAGUCAGCAGGGGAGCUCUGCCUGUGACCAGCCCGGUGGGAUCCAGGGAGACCGUUUGGAGCACCCCCACCUCUCCCCACUCCCAGAGAACCAGUCAUUGGAGAAGAGCCCCCUCACGUGCCCCAAUUGUGACAAGCUAUUCAAGAGCCAGUCGGCGCUGGAUGUCCACGUGCAGAGCAACAUGUGUGAGCGUCCCUUCCACUGCACCGACUGUGGCAAGAGCUUCGCUUAGAGGUCAAAAAUGAUGAUACAGCAGUGCAUCCACACUGGGGAGAAGCCGUUUCCCUGCACCAGCUGCAGCAAGACCUUUUACCUGAGGCAUCACCUGGUGCGCCACCAGCAAAUCCACAGUGGGAAGAAGCCCUUCAUGUGCACUGAGUGUGGCAAGAGCUUUGUCCUUAGGCAGCACUUGGUGCGCCACCAGCACAUCCACUCUGGGGAGAAGCCCUUUCCCUACACCAAGUGCAGCAAGAGCUUCAGGGAUAAAACCUACCUCAUCAUCACCCAGCACAUCCACACUGGUGAAAAGCCUUUUCCCUGCACUGACUGAAGCAAGAGCUUUGUCCAAAGGCAGUACCUGCUGAUUCACCAGUGGAUGCACACCAGGGAGAAACCCUUCUCAUGCACCGACUGCGGCAAGAGCUUUGUCGAAAGGCAGCAACUGCUGAGUCACCAGCACAUCCAGACUGGGGAGAAGCCCUUCACCUGCACCGAGUGUGGCAAGAGCUUCAGCCAAAGGCAGCAGCUGCUGAGGCGUCAGCGCAUCCACAGCAUGGAGAAGGACUUCACCUGCUCCCACUGCCCCAAGACCUUCAGGAAGAAGAGGACCCUCAUCGUCCACGAGCGCAUCCACACAGGGGAGAAACCCUACAAGUAUGGCUAGAGUGGCAAGACCUUCAUGCGGAUGGGCCACCUGAAGAGACACCAUCAGGUGCACCAGGGCCCGGGACUUGUGCUGGAAGGUGUUCAGCAGAAGAGGGAGGGUCCUUCCCCAGCAGGGGGGCAGGCAGAGGCCAAGCCCUUCCAGUGCGGUGUCUGUGAGAAGCGGUUUUGGAAGGAGAGGCUCAUGCUGGCUCACCAGCGCACCCACGGCACCCCCAGCCUGCAGCCGCCUCCGCAGCCCGGCACCCCCUGAAUCUGCUGCUGAGGGGCCUGUGGGGUGCUGGGUCUGCUGUGGGGGGAUGUAAGGGCAUGUCCUGUGGGGUUUGUUUUGAUAGGGUAAAUUUUCUUCCUAGCAGCUGUUUUAGUGCAGUGGUUUGGACUGAGGAUGAGAACAAUGUUGCUAAUACCUGGAUGUUUUAGUUGUUGCUGAGCAGGAUUUUUCAUCUUCUGGUGCCCUGCCAGCUGGGAGGGGGCACAGCCGGGACAGCUGAAACAAAGUGGCCAAAUGGCUGUUCCUUACCACCUGACAUCAUGCUCAGUAUAGAAAUGGGGGAGUUGCCUGGGGUCACCAUGGCUUGGGACACACUGGCCACCCGUCAGCGGGUGGUGAGCAACUGUGUUGUGCAGGGUUUGUUUUGUAUAUUCUUACAUUAUCAUCACUCUCAUUAUUCCCCUCAUCUUGUAACCUAUGUAACUGUCUUUGUCACAUCCCAGGAGUUUUACACAUAUCACUGGAUGAGUCAAAUUUAAGUUUUGUGUGUAUUAUUUAGCUUAAAUAAAUAGGUUUUAAAUAGAAUGCA